UACUACCAAUCUUUUAAGUUUUAGAAUAUUCGUUUUUUUUCAAAAGAAAGCCUUAGUAACAAUCUUCCAAGUCUUCAAGCCAUGGCCAUCUCUAAAACACUAAUUGCUCCAAUUCUCAUUUCUCUUCUCCUUCUUCACCUAGCUGAAUCUUAUCAAAAGGUGAUCACAACCAUGGUCGAGAGCCCAAGCCCAAGUCCUUCCCCUCCACAAAAGAUAGAUUGUGAUGAUGCUUGUGAUGCGAGGUGCCAAUUGUCUUCGAGGCCAAACCUAUGCAAGAGGGCAUGUGGAACUUGUUGUUCUCGUUGUGAUUGUGUUCCUCCAGGCACUUCUGGAAACUAUGAUGUGUGUCCCUGCUAUGCCAAUAUGACUACACAUGGUGGCAGACACAAAUGCCCUUAAAGUUAUAAACUUCGUUGCUUAAUGUUACUGUGCUGCUUCUCUCAUAUCUUGGAUGAUAUAUAUAAGCAUCAAAUGUCUUACAAAUUAAGAGAAUAGAAUAAAAAGUACCAUGCGGUUAUUAUUA